CAUGAGGGACACGAUGGUCUCCAAUGAGCAGAGGGAUCCGUCUGUUUCCUCACUUCCUCUGUCUCUCUCUUGGCUCGGCUCGAAACUCCUGCGCUGUUAGACGGCCAUCUUGGAUCUCGUUUUGAAGAGGCGACAAAAGCGGAUGUUCGGGUGGAAUGGAGCCGUCAACGAGCGCGUUCUCCCCGUGUCACCGAAUCCUCUAAACAUCCGCUUUAUCCGCAUCUGCCUUCACCACUGAAUGUAACGUUGCCGGACAAUCCGUUUGAAGAAUCGUUGAUGAGCAGAUAUUCUUUGAGGAAGAUCGCAGCGGAGGCCCUGAGAAGUGCAAUUUUAUUUAUCUUUACUUGAACCGGACAUCCUAAAUAUGAAGCAGACAGCGACUUCAUGCUUUAAAGUAUUUUUUUUAAUCGAUCUCGUUCGCUAUUUAUUAGAUAGCUUUUAAUCGCUAAUCAAACGCAGUAACGUCAUCGAGCGUCCUGGAUAUUUUUCCCAAACUUUUAACCACUUUGUUUUUAACUGCAGAAGCAAAUCAAUGAUAUUGACCAAGCGUGUUAUCGGUCAAUCAUAUAUCCCCCUCUUUGUUUCACCGCAAAAUCUGCUGCUUAAAUUGUGAUUGCGAUGUCAACAACGAGAGCCCCCCUGCCAACCGUCAAUGAACGGAAGGCUGAAAACCAUACAACAAAUGGCCAUGGGCGCAGUGAGGUGACCUCUAGAUCUGUGAGGUCGAGUGGCCGAAACAGGAAUUCUGGUUCAGGAUUGGAUGAUGUGCACCCUGUUAUUGGGAAUUACCGGCUUCUAAAAACCAUUGGAAAGGGCAACUUUGCCAAGGUCAAACUGGCUCGUCAUAUCCUCACAGGAAGCGAGGUGGCAAUAAAAAUGAUUGAUAAAACGCAACUGAAUCCAACAAGCCUUCAAAAGCUUUCCAGAGAAGUCACAAUCAUGAAGAAUUUAAACCACCCAAAUAUUGUGAAACUGUUUGAGGUGAUAGAGACGGAAAAGACACUGUUUCUUGUGAUGGAAUAUGCCAGUGGAGGUGAGGUUUUCGACUACUUAGUGGCUCAUGGGAGGAUGAAAGAGAAAGAGGCCAGAGCUAAAUUUAGACAGAUUGUGUCAGCAGUCCAGUAUUGUCACCAAAAACGCAUUGUGCACCGAGACUUGAAGGCUGAAAACCUGCUGCUAGAUGGUGAUAUGAACAUUAAGAUUGCUGACUUUGGCUUCAGUAAUGAAUUUAUGGUGGGCAGUAAGCUGGACACGUUCUGUGGAAGCCCACCUUAUGCUGCUCCUGAGCUCUUUCAGGGAAAGAAGUACGACGGGCCAGAGGUGGACGUGUGGAGCCUUGGGGUCAUACUUUACACACUGGUCAGCGGCUCUCUACCUUUCGAUGGACAGAAUCUCAAGGAAUUGCGCGAACGUGUGUUGCGUGGUAAAUAUAGGAUUCCUUUUUACAUGUCCACUGACUGUGAGAAUCUUCUCAAGAGGUUUCUGGUCUUAAACCCGGCUAAGAGAGGAACAUUAGAGCAAAUCAUGAAAGAACGCUGGAUCAACUCUGGGUUUGAGGAUGACGAGCUCAAACCCUUCACUGAGCCAGAUGCUGACAUAUCUGACCAGAAGAGAAUUGAUGUGAUAGUGGGCAUGGGCUUCUCCAAAGAGAAGAUUCAUGAGUCUUUGUUCAAAAUGAACUAUGAUGAGGUCACAGCCAUAUACUUACUGCUGGGCAGGAAGACCCAUGAGGAGGUCAGUGACUCCAGCUCCAAUAGUAAUCUCUCUGUGGCAAAGACCAGACCCUCUAGUGAGAUGAACAGCCAAUCACCAUCUCACCUAAAGGUCCAGAGAAGCAUCUCCUCUAGUGAAUCUCGAAAAUCCAGACGCCAUAGUGAACAAGUUGGUGUAGUUGCAAACAAUGCAUUGAGUAACUCAAAAAGGGUGGUGCCUGUCACAGCAGACAGUGAAGUCAAACAGGAGGGUGGAGUCAUAGCACGUAAGCUGCCCAAUCACAGCCCCCCCAGCCCACUCUUGGGUAAUGCUAACAACCCCAACAAGACUGAAAUACCUGAUCGGAAGAAAGGAAACUCCAUCACAUCUAAUAAUAUCUCUGGAUCAGGAAGCAUGUCAAGAAGAAACACAUAUGUGUGCACUGAGAGAAACAACACAGACCGCCUUUCUGUCAUUCCUAAUGGGAAGGAAAACAGUGUAUCACUGUCUCCCAGCUCAAGGGAUCCUGGUGCCUCCACUCACAGCAUCAGCACUUCUGUCACACCAGACAAAACACGUUUCCCAAGAGGCUCGGCAAGCCGCAGCACCUUCCACGGACAAGUAAGAGAUCGACGCACAGCCACCUACAAUGGGCCACCCGCCUCACCAGCACAACCCCGCAGCCGCGCCAACGCCAACAACCUGCUUACCAAGCUGACCUCCAAACUUACCCGCAGAAAUAUGUCAUUCAGGUUUUCCAAAAGAGUCUCAACCGAGUUUGAGAGAAGCGGGAGAUUUGAGGGCUCAAGUCGCCAUGUAUCUGGGGAUCAGCAGAAAGAUGAAGGGAAAGAUGGAAAAGACGGGAAACCCCGCUCUCUCCGUUUCACCUGGAGUAUGAACACCACCAGCACUAUGGAACCAGCAGACAUCAUUAAUGAGAUUCGCACAGUUCUGGAUGCCAACAGCUGCAGUUACCAGCAACGUGAAUGCUUUCUGCUUCUGUGUGCCCAUGGCGACUCUCACACCGACAGCCUUGUCCAGUGGGAGAUGGAGGUGUGCAAACUGCCCCGGCUCUCACUUAAUGGUGUCCGUUUUAAGAGGAUAUCUGGCAACUCCAUCGCUUUUAAAAACAUUGCUUCCAAAAUUGCAGGCGAACUCAAGCUAUGAAUAUAUCUUUAUCUACACAGAGGAAUUUAUGAUUCAGUUCAGUAUAGGCAAACCAGUUAAGCUGUACAAUCGUAAAGUAGCAGUUUACAUUUUUUUUAUGAACCACUUACAUGUAUUUGAAAAACUGUAUAUAUUUUAACAUUGCUUAAAGCAAUAAUUUCUUAACAUCGUUCAUACAGUUAUGGUGUUAUCGCGCAAGUCGUUAAAUGCUGUAUAAAAAAAGAACAGGUUUGAAACUUUCAGUGUUACGAUUGUAUGAACUCAUUAAAAGCAGACUCAUUGCCAUCAGACAGAUGAGUUGAAAAUGAUCAUUAAGGAUUUGUGAUAUUUUGCUUUAUUUGAGCUUUUUAAUAGCCACUGUUAUGUGGUGGUUUUAAGUAUUACAUGUUUUGGAUGGCUCUUGUGUAAAGAGUACAGCUGAUCCUUGAGUUGCUUUCUUUUUAAUUUUUGCUCUGCCCCUCUUUGUAUUGAGGUUGCUUUGUCUGUGAAAGUGGCUACUGAUUUGAGUUCAGUUUCACUGCUUGAAUGUUAAGAGCAACAUUUAGAUGUUUUAUAAUUUAUUUCAUGUUAUUGCCCACUUUAUUGUAUUUUGUUGUGUAAAUAAUUUACUUUGAGGUAAUUACACAUUUUCAUACUGUUUUGUUGGAAACCAAGAGGACGUCUUGUAAUCAUUCACUUUAAAGACUCACCACAGAUUUAAAUAAACUAUCUGUAACUUGUCACGGUGUUAAUUGCAGAGAUAUAAUACAGCUAUAAAAUGAACACUUGAUCAGA